UGUCAGAGCAGUAUUACCAUGUCUGGACGAGGCAAAGGUGGUAAGGGAUUAGGGAAGGGGGGCGCUAAGCGGCAUCGUAAGGUUUUGCGCGACAACAUCCAGGGUAUCACCAAGCCCGCCAUCCGGCGUCUGGCCCGGCGAGGUGGGGUCAAGCGCAUAUCUGGUCUGAUUUAUGAAGAGACCCGUGGGGUACUGAAGGUGUUCUUAGAGAAUGUGAUCCGAGACGCGGUCACUUACACGGAGCACGCCAAGCGGAAGACCGUCACCGCCAUGGACGUAGUGUACGCCCUCAAACGCCAGGGCCGCACCCUCUACGGCUUCGGCGGUUAGGUCGCCCGUUUUCAGCGAUUUAACAUCUUUUACUACCAAAGGCCCUUUUCAGGGCCGCCCAAAUGUUUCGGUGAAAGAGCUAGCACUUUUUGCUGUUCUUUUUCCUUGCUUUUUAUGAGGUGUACUUCAUUUACUUUUAAUUAGUCAAAAGCUAUUUUUCGUGCUUCUUAGUUUCUAGUUCACAUUUUAGGAGGGCAGAAGUUGGCUGAUUUGUGUAUGUUUCUGCUUUGUGGAAGUGGUUUCGGGUAUAAGUUUGAGCAUUUUAACGUUUCGUGGGGCAGUGAAGAAACUCGCAGAGCACUGUCUUCCCUAGGAAGAUUCCGCUUAAGUUCUGGUGUAUUUCAAGUUUGGAAUCGUGUAUGCAUAGCGCUUGAAUGCUGGAGAGAAGUCGGCUUACACUGCCCCCGAUGUAGUAAUGCGAGGCUCCCUUCCCCCGCCUGUGGUCCGUGCUCAAAAUGGCGGCGAGGACGAGGAACAAAGAAAGCCCGCGCCCGUGGCGGAAAGCGGGGCCCGGAACAAAGGCGAAUUUACGAGUGGGGCGGGUCGUCCCCUGCGCGGGGGCGCGCUCCUGAGCUGUGCUGGAGUGUGGUCCUGCGGCUGGGCUCUGCAAACUUAAAACCCUUGUACCAGUGCUUUGGGGGUAAAAUUAAAAUGCACAGGCGGGGAGAGCUAGCACGUGUUGCUAGUCAUAGAGAACACUGUAUUCUGACUUUCUGUUAAAAUUUUAAAAAGCCGAUAGG